AUGGCCGGCAAGUGGGACAGCUUCUUCUUGAACACCGUCCCUAUCCCUGGCUGCCACGCUGCCCUGGCCCAGAACACAGUGAACUUUGCUGGAGGCCCAAGAGCAUCUGGAAGUACUCUAUGGAAAUCUUGGAAAGAAAGAGUCAUAAAGCGACCUGCAACAGCCCAUGCUUUAAGACCAGAUCAGAUGAUUAGUGAUGAACUUGCAACAAAUACAAAAGUUUCAGAAAUCCAAGACAUGCUACAAGAACUUAUAGGCACUGCACUGUUCAAUAAAUUGGAAAACAAUGCUAUUAAAUAUAUAUCAUCAACAAUAGUAAACCUUUCUAAAGCUUUGCGUGCACUAAAUGAUGAAGUAAAAGUUUUUAACCUCCAAAGUGCAAAUAUGUAUAUAAAUGAGACAAGUGAAAGAGAAAAAGAGCUCUCUCUGAAGAUAAUACAAGAUCUCAGUGAAAAAAAUGAAAUGCUUCAGCAGAAACUUCAAGAUGCAGAAGAAAUAUGUGAACAGCUUAUUCGAUCCAAAGCUAUAGUAGAACGCCAAGUACAUACAGCGUUGCCCACAUCAACCUUGAAAGUGUUACCUAAGCUUUCUCCACAAUCAUCUACGGUCAUUAGCAAAGCUGAUGUAGAAGACAGUAUGGACAGUGUUUUGGCGAAAGAAUUGGAAAAUAUUGUAGAUGAGGCCCAAACAAAAGGGACCAAAGGCUCGGGGAUCAAGUGGGACUCAACUAUUUCAUACACAGCCCAAGUUGAGAGGACUCCAGAUUUAACUGAACAGCAAUACCCUUUACCUGAAAAAAAACAGGAGAAGUCUUCUAGAGAGAUUACUGAAGAUAUUACUGAAGAUAAGAUAUCACUGAAGGAAGGUGAUGUCUAUCAGAAAGAUGGGACUGACCGGUAUCAAUUACAGAAAACAAAGCACACAAAAGGCCCAGAUGUGCAUGAGACCUCUGGACCAAAUCUGAGUGAUGACAAAGGUGAACACAACAUCUCAGAAACCAAACUUGAUCACCACUCUGAGCUACAAGCACUGGGAAAGAAGAAAAAUGAAAGAAAAUCCUCUUCUGAAGCCAAAUCAAAGUCAUCCACUGAAUCAGAAAGUCAAUAUGUCCCUGCUGAUUUCCUUUCUACGAACAUAAAUAGCCAAGGUGGCAAAAGUGGAACCAGUAAUGUGUGGGAUCAAUUCAGGAAGGUCAAACCUGAACAUUCACUUGACAAAAGCCAGAUUUCUUCAGAGAAGAAAGAGGAGCCCACCACUGAGUCAAUGGCCAAAGAGAGCAAAAGUGAGAUGAGUAGUCGAGAGCCAUUCAGGUUGAUCCAACUUGAUUAUUCCUCUGAGAAAGUGAAAACAACAGGAAAAAAACACUCUAUUUCUCUAGGAACCACCACAAGCAAAGAAGGAAAUACUGAAGAGAAGGACGUGUUAGUCUUUGACAAGAAAAUCAAAUCGCAUGAACUUGUUAAAUCACAGUCUAGGAUAACUAAAGAGACUUCAGAAUCUACCAGAGCUCUAGGAAGUCUAGAUGGCAAAAGUGAACAGAGUAACCUAGAAGAAUUUCAGAAAGCCAUAAUGGCUUUCCUAAAAGAGAAAAUUGAUAACAUAGGAAAGCCUCUGGAUAAAAAGACUGUGCCAAGAGAGGAGUUAGUAUUAAAAACUGCGGAAGUUGAAAAAUUAGGAAUCAUAAAGGCAAAAAUAGAGGAAUAUUUCCAAAAUGUGGCUGAAACUGUAACAAAAAUCUUGAGAAAAUACAAAGAUAUAAAACAUGCAGGACAAGUUGCAGAGAAACCUCUGAAACGAGAAAAGGUAGCCUUAUUUAUGCCAGGAUUGCACUUUCAGAAACCAUUUAGCGCGAAGUCUGAAAUUAGCCCCUUACUCUCACAUAAGAGCAUGGACCCAGUAAUUGACAAUUUAAUACAAAUGAUCUUAACUGAGAUAGAAAGUGAAAGAGAUGUUCCAGUAGACUCAAUUGGAGGGAGAGAUCACAAGGAGAAGGAAAAACAAAGGCAGGAGGAAUACUUGCAAGAGGAUCAAAAAAAAAUGUUUGGUAUGAGUCUCAAAACCCAGUUGGAAGAAGAAAGGAAUCUCUGGAGGAAGAGCUAUGAAAUGACAAACAAGAAUUUGGAGAAGGAAGAGGCACGGCUCCAGAGGAGGGAGGGAAAGCAAGCGCAACAGAGGCAGAAACAGCGGCAGGAAGAAGAGGGGUGGCAGGAAGAAGAGGGGUGGCAGGAACAGCAAAAACAAAGGAGCCAGAAGCGGAUUGAGCGAGAUGAGACCCAAAAGCAAAGGGGAGAGGAGGGAGAGGAGCAGCAGAAGCCACGGCAGCAGCAGCUGGAAGCGCGGAAGCAAACAGUGCAAGAGCAAGGGGUGCCCUUGGGGAAGGAGAAGGGGCGGCAGACGAGGCAGGUUCCGAAGGAAGUGAGGCACGGGGAGCUGGAAAGCAGCUGGGAGAAAGAGGAGGAGAAGCAGAGGCCAAGGAGAAAGCUAGAGAGAGCAGAAAGGCAGAGGCAGAGAGAAGCACAGGGUCAGAUGAAGACUAAGCAGAAAAAUUCCGAGGAGCUAGAAGAGAUCUUCGGCCAAACUUCAGUGACAUUAUCUCCCAGGUGGACGAGCACACCCAAAGACACCUCCCAGUCUCAUCACAGAGAAGAGUUCCAGCGGAAUCUCAAGACAUUAGAUGUUCUUGCUGACGGGAAGCACCCCGUACCAAUCACUCCUCCCACCUCCACACAAUCUUCCUCACCAGGGCCCUUUCCUAUUUCUGGACAGUCUCCCACAAAGUCCAUGACUCUCACCCCUCAGCAGGCCCAGGCCCUGGGGGUCAGUCUCACCCCUCAGCAGGCCCAGGCAUUCCAGCCCCCGGCCGUCCAUGAGCAAUCUCCCUAUCUACAAGCCCCUUCUACUCUUAGGCAGCAUCUGGCACCAUGGACUCUUCCUCGGCAAGCUUCCUCACUAUGGAUCCCUCCUACCCCUGGGUAUCCCCCAACACUAUGGAUCCAGUCAACCCCUGGAAAGCCCCAGAAAGAUCUGUCCUCUUCUGUUUCUAAGAAAAGUAAGGAAAGAAUGGCAAGUAUUUCUUCUCUGAAAUCUGAAUCAGCAUUGGCCCAUCCCAGGGCUCCAAAUGUCAAGACAACUCAAGCUCCUUUCACCACUGAGAAGUUCCAAAUAUCAGAGGUCUCUGACACUUCUGAAGAAAUCCAGAUACUCCACGAUCCUUUUUCCAUGGAACAGUUUAGAACAUUUCAGUCCUAUGUCAUCAAUUAUAGGACACCAGUAUCACAAACCCCUGACAUUGAUGAGGGGGCCCUUCCCACCUUCAUGAAGCCUGUAACAUCACUACCUUCUCUUACUACUCAGCUACCCAAAACACCACAGAUCUCACCUUCUGAAUGGGACCAGAAAUCCCGAUUUCCUCCUACAGACAAGCCCUGGAUGCUGACUUCAGCUUCAGUUACCAAGAAACCCAAGAUGGGGGUGCCCCCUUCCUCUCCCCAAGAGCUCAAAGAGCAGAGGUAUUUUGUUGACAUGGAGGCUCAGAGAAAGAACUUGAUACUCUUAAGUCAGGCCACAAAAGCUUCUGGACUCCGUUCAGAGCUACACACAACAGCCAGGAAUCUCAUAAUUGAAACACUUCAUACGGACACAGUUCGGCUAGGAUAGCUGUUUCGCAAGUACAUCGCCUAUAGGCUCAUCCAGCGUGCAAGAAACAUCAUCAAACGAUUACAAGCCAUCCAAAACACUGGGAAAGGCUAUGAGAGCCAGAACCUCUACAUAAUGCUGAGCAGAACUGAUGACUACCAGACAAAGGCGAUGCGGCUCUGGACCAAGAAGCAGAAGUCUCUAGAGCAGAAACGGAAUCAGUGCCUGAGGAACAUGAUAUUCUUAUUUAGCCAGAUGGCACCACCGGACCGUGCCCCUUCCCAGCUGCUGAGAGCGUUCCCAGAAGAGGCGUUUUGUAUUUCCGAGAUAAUGGAAGAGAGAAACGCUUUAAAUUGA